GCUGAUUUCCCGGGAGCCUUGCCCGAACUCUGGAAAGGAGGCCAAGGGAGCAUGUUGGGCCUUUAGGGUCUCCAGUGGUAGAGGUCCCUGAGGCCCCGGGACUGCUCUUUGCAGGGACGUGUCUAGCUCUGGGGGACCAACCCUCCAGCUCCCACAGGCUCUCUCAGGGGGCUGUGGAGGAGGCCUGUGGCCAGACCAGUCAUUUACUGGGACACCCUUGUCAGUGUUUCUGGAGGCCCUAGGCCCCAGGCUCCUGACAGCAUUCCCAUGGCAGGGGUGGGGGGGAACGUGUCCCUGCCACAGGACUAUGACACCUCUCACAGGCAGACUCCGGCUGGAGGGGUGCAGGAAUCAUCCCAGUGCAGCCCCCAGCCAUCGUUUAAAAGCCCCCCAGAGAAAAGGGCACAGUCUCUAGCUCAGUUUUCGAUUGCUAGACUGGUUGUGUCCAUUGCUUGGGACAGAAGUUUGUGCCAGAAGAAUCCUUCACGGCCAGCCAGAGAGAGCAGGGGACUGGUCCAGGGUCACCCAGAGGCGGCCGAGCUGAGCUCGGGACCGAGGGCACUCCUUUGGGUUCUGUGCUGCUGGCCUGUGUGGUGUGCUGGGGGGCCCUGCCUGGUGGGGUCAGCCAGCAGUGUGGGAGGUCGGGCUUGCCUCAUCAUCUCCUUGGUGGCCUCUCUCUGGGAUUCAGGAGCUGUGACGGGGGUUAGGAGCUGGGUUGGGAGGGAAGGGAGGCCUCAGAGGGCUGGACCCAGGGGCAGAACCGCGCCGUGGAUCAGGCCCACUGUCGGUGUUUGUGCAGUCCUGUGCCCCGUGGGGCUGGGGGCUGGGGGCUGGGAGGUCGAGGAGAGAUUGUGCUUGGAGGGAGGGCAGUUAGGGCCUCGCUAAGAGGGAGAUUGCUGGAUUUAAAUAAACCCUGAGACGUGCCAAGCAAAUGAGGAGAAAUUGGUUUGAGGUGGGGAGGCCGUGGUAAGCUCUCCAGUCCCCUUCCCCAGUGCCCCACUGCCCACAUGGGCUCCCACCCGAGGCCCGCUGAUGUGUGGGCUGCAGCUUGCACUGUCCGGGGCACUUAAGGAUUCGCCCUCUUAUUUGUCGGGGCCACUGCCCUCAUCGUCAUUUAACAGGUGCAGAAGCAGAGGCACCGAGGGGCAGGCGGGCCCCAGCCUUGUGCUGUGGGGACAGGCACCCACUCCUCAGCCCCCUUUCACAGCAUCAGGUCAGCCAGGCCCUGAAAGUGGCUCCAGGAAGGUGGAUGGGCACCUCUGCUCUCUUCUUCUCCCCGACCGCCGGGUGCAGGUCAGCUUAGCACAUGCAACUCACCACCCAUUCCUGAGCACCUGUGGCGAGUCAGAGCCUGUACUGGGUGCCCUAGAUGGAUGGGCCCAGCCCUGCCCCCCUGGCCCUCCCAGGACUCACACCGUCCGCCGUGGAAAUUGCUUUUUCUAAUAAGGCUGUUUGAUGGAGGCACGGACAAUGCGCUGGGAGGGCUCAGAUGAAAGCAGGGGUGGGGAGGGCCUUUGAGCUGGGCCUUCAGAGGGGCUGGGGUUUCAUUUGAGGACAUUGUGAGCAAAGACCCAGAAGUGGGAAGUGGGGGCCAGGUGUCCGGCAGGUCGUCAGAUGGGCUGCGCGGCCCAGACCCCUGGCUGUAGCUCUGGUCUGGCUCUAGGCAAGCAAAGGAUAGUGUGUUUGAGUGAAGUCUGGGUCAGACCUUCCUGCACUGAAGCUUUGGCCGGGGCAAGGCUUUACUGUAACCGCCAAGAAGGGGAUUCGUCAUCUGUACGAACUGAGUGGACAUCUAGCACCCAGCGAUUCUGACUUCAUCGGGCUGGGGCUGAGCCCAGGACGUCGGUAAUUGGUAAAGCUCUCCGGAGUGAUUCUGGCGCGCCGCUGGUGUUGAGAACCGCUGCUCUGUUCUGGUCUCCGUGCUACAGUGCUGAGCUGAGGCCCAGAGCAGGGCAGGGUCUUGCAGAACAGAGCAGAUCAUGCAGUCAGUGGCAGAACAUCUCUGAACGUCUAGGCCGGCGUUCUUUCUGCUUGUACACAAGGGACCAGGCACAGCAUGGCUUCCUGGGCCUUGUGUGGGGUGGGUUCCGCUACUGCUAUCUUGCUGGCCUGGGAUCGAUCCUGUUCCUGCUCCGAGACCCAUUCUGAUCCAAGGUGGCGCCAGGGUUGUCACAGAUGGUGGGCCCUCAUCUCAUUAGAGAUUCAGGGAGUAGGUUGGGUUUGGGUGUGCGCUUUGUUGCCAGGGAGAUGGCCUUCUGGUGGUAGUUGGGUGAGGGGAGAGCCAGUUCAUCCUGGGAACCCUCCUUCCCCCUUCAGGUAUGGCUUCCAUCGGUACAGCUCCUCCUAAUUUUCAGACGCUUUCACUAGCACUGUCACCGCGCAGGCUCUUGGGGAUGAUCGAAUGGAGCUGGUUAACCUCCUCAAACCCGAAGCGGUAGGCCAGGAGGAGAACGGGCACCCGCGUGAUGAGCGCGGGUGCUCUGCCUUCAUGAAAUCAGUGGCCAACAGCCACAGGCUCUUCUGUCCCCGGGAGGCAUUUGGCAGCGCCUUGAGACAUUUUUGGUUGUCACGCCUCUGCAGGUAGAUGCUUCUGGUUUCUGUCGAGCAGAAGCCAAGGAUGCCGAUGAAGAUCCUGCAUUGUCCAGGAUGCCCCCUCCCCCACCAACAAAGCAUUUCCUGAUCCCACAUGGUGAGAUUAGGAAGCCCUGAAUGAACUCUUCCUGGCAGGUCUUGGAGGUGGUACUGGGGGAAAUGGGGUUUGCACAGGAGACUCAGCCUCUCAUCCAAAGUCUGUCUGAGUGCAAGGCCCAGGCCCCAGCCCCGGGCCCUGCCACUGUCUUGGCCAGGUGACAAAGUCUCGGACUCCUACUCCUGCCUCCUGGGCUGUGAUAUUCUUGGGGGGAGGUGAAGGCUGAAGGAUCUCUGUGCCCUUGUGUCUUGCUGUGGCUUCGGCACCUGCCAGAGGAGUGAACCAGGUUCCCUCCAUAUCCUAGGUUCUUCUCUUGGAUGGAUCUUUGGGACCUUGGGCAUGAGUUAAAGAGUGGACAGAACCACACUGUGGAGAUACGGAGCUGCAGAGCCAGAGUAGGUGCCAGGCCAGAGGGGUCAGGGCUGCGCUGUGCCCAUGCCCGGGGCCCCUGGCUGCUCUGUGCAGAUGGAAGCCGAGGUCAUUCCUGGUCUCCAUCAAAGUGGAACCUGUCUCCCGAUGGGUGCUCAUGGGGUCCUCACAUUCUACCCAUGAGCUGCUAAAAAGCACAGCAGCCCGCCCCCAAAGGAGCUGCUGCCAGCCAGCACUCCAGUGGGAGGGGAGCCUGUACACACCCAGAGGUGGGGACUGGGGAGACUGGGAAGGGGAAGAGCCGCAGGACAGAACAGGCUUUCUGUGGCCACGCCCUAAUCAUGGGCAUCACCAGCGAGGCCACACCCCAUGGAAGCCCACUGUAAAUAGUGUCACUGUGUAAAGGUCUUCCUCCAAGCCACCGGGGUCUAUGGCCCUAGGUAAAGAUCGCUUUGUAGAGGCGAUGGCCUCACCCUAACCCCAAUAAGGAUCCUUUAUUCCCGUUCAGGGCUUUAAAGCUCUUUCACAUCGCUGUGCUUUUGCCUCCUUAGUGACAAGCCCCUAGGUUGGUGCAGUUGUUACUCGGGUUCCGGAUGGAGUGAGUGGGACCAGGAGAGGCUGCUGAGCGGCCAUGGCUCUCACAGCUAGUCAGAGGCGAGGCAGGGCCCGAAACUGAAGGCGUCCGGCUCCGUCCAGCACUCCCAUCGAGUACGCCGCGUCUCCUCCUGCCCUCCAAGGAGCAGUGGAAGGGGCCUGUCGCUAGGAAGAGGGUGUGGUGGUGGUGAGCGGGCGCGGGCGCCCAGGCGCCUCCUGGCUCCCCGGCUGGGGGCCGGCAGUUAGGAAGGAGGAGGCCCUGCCGCGCUGACGGUCAUUUACCCAAUUGUGCUUUGUGGGAUAUUCAACCCAAGGAACGUGGUGCCCCUGGCUGAGCGUAAGAGGAAGCCCAAGUUCUCCAAGGAGGAGCUGGACAUUCUGGUCACGGAGGUGACCCACCACGAAGCGGUUCUCUUUGGGAGGGAGACCAUGCGGCUGUCCCAUGCCGACAGGGACAAGAUUUGGGAAGGCAUAGCUCGGAAAAUCACCUCCGUCAGCCAGGUCCCCCGCUCCGUCAAGGACAUUAAGCACAGAUGGGAUGACAUGAAACGGAGGACCAAGGACAAGCUGGCCUUCAUGCAGAAGUCCCUGUCGGGCCCAGGGGCCGGGGGCCGGGCCCCCGCCAUCGUGCUCACUGCCCACGAGAGGGCCAUCGAGUCAGCGCUGCUCACAGCCCGGUCCGGGCACGGCUUCCCCAGGGUGGAACUGGAUGGCACCGACAGCCCUUCGACCAGCUAUGAUGAAGAUGAGGAGACGCCCGGGCCCUCGAGGCAGCCCCUCCGGGGGCCCCUGCAGCCGUCGCCAGAAGAAGAGGCCUGCCUGGCCAGGCCCGCCCUGCUCCUCUCUUCUUCCUCCUCUGACCAGUCCGAGACAGUGGGCCCCAAGCCCGAGGCCCUGCCCCGGCCCUCGCCUCAGGCCCAGGCCGCCUGCAGGGCCCCUCGGCCGCACCCCGGCCCACCCAGCACAGGCCUAGACUGGCAGCUGUUCCACACCCACGCCCAGCAGACUGAGGUGUUUCGGCAGUUCUGCCAGGAGCUGGUGACCGUGCACCGGGACAUGGCAAGCGGCAUGCAGGCCAUCGGCCAGGCCAUGGCCGAGCUGACCAGCCGUGUCAGCCAGAUGUGCCAGACGCUGACAGAGAUCCGGGAUGGGGUCCAGGCAUCUCAGCAGGGGCCCGACGGGGCAGCGCCCGCAGGCUCCACCCCCCGGGCCGAGGCUCCCCCAGCGGAGCCCCCAGAGGCACCCCCAGCGCCGGCCCACGCACGGACUACCAGGUCUCGGAAGAGAAAGCACAGUUUCUAAGCCGGCCAGUCUGCGCUGGGAGGAAGAGAGAUGGAGGAGGGGUGUCUGGCCUUGAGACAGGGGCCAGUCUCUUGUGUCCAAGAUCGAAGACCCUUGUAGGGUGUUGGGGGGACUGUCGUCUCCUCGCUGCGCACAGGUUGGCUGCCCUGGGCUCAGCCCUCCUCCCUCAUCUGUGGCAGGUGCUCAAGAUGCAGGAGAAGCUACCUGCCUGAUGCUUGCUUGGCCUGGAGGGUCGGCCUCCUCUUGGUCUGCACCCCACAGCAGCAGGCCUGGCAGGGAAAGGGGGAGCGAGAGUGGGGGGCAUCUGAACGGAAUCCCGCUGUCCGUCCUCAGGGCUGCCGCAUCAGCCUCCCCGGCCCUGAGGCUGCUGCUUUCGAGGAGGGUGAGGCCCGAGAAUGGGCAAGCAGAGCUCAGCCCUUCCGGGAGGGGUCUGUCCUCCCCUCCCCCAGGGCUCUGAGCCCCGGUGGGUGGCGCCCCAGCCUUGGCCUUCCGCUUGCCCUCGCUCGCGUGCUCAGCUGCCAUGCUUGCCUUUUGUGGAGCGGGGUGACGUCGGAGGAAGGGGAAGACUACGUGGCAUUCUUAGAGCACUUUACGUUUCUCGCUGCGCUCGCAGACGUGUGAUCUCAGUGGGUCGUCGGCACAGUGGGAGAGGCAGCCACGUGGGUGCUGUGACCAGCUGUACUGCCGUUAGCAUCUGUGUUGCGCACAAAUGAAACAGCAGCCGGCCGGUCGCGGGGCCAGGACUGGAAGCCAGGUCUGUGGACUUUUCCAGCUCCCCUGUCAGAGACCAGACGUGGGACUUGGGAGGGGGCUUGCUCCUGCCCCUGCCAAGCUCUUCGGGGUUUCAGUGGGAGGCAACAGCAGCGUUCAGGGUGCGAGUCCACCCCACCCCGCCCCGGCACGAAGGCUGGCAGCCAGUGGCUGGGGAGAAGUAGGGCCUAGGUCUCGGGAUCCAGAAGGCGACCCCUCCUCUGGCCCCUCGCGAGCCCAGCAGGGCUCCUGUCCCGUUCCAGGUCCCAGCAUGCCUUGCCUCUGCUUGCUUGGGCUGCGUAUGCAUUAGCUACACACAUCUCGAAGCUUCGUGUUUGGGUUUGGAGUGUGGGGAGAGAGCCCGGUUCUUAGAGUUAGGGCGGGAGGCGGGGAGUGGCGGAUGCAAGCUCAGCUCUGACGUGGGUGCAGCUCAGCUGUGUGUCCUCUUUGCUCCCUGGCCUGAGGCUGACUCAUAUCCCAACCCUCCAUCCUGCCACACCUGCCCCCUAGAGCCAUAGUUGGGUGGGGGCUGGGAGGACUGCUAUGCCCAGGGCCUGCUGCCGCCAUUCCUGGAGUCCUGCUUCUCACCCCAGCCCAAGCUUAGCCCCGUGGCGGGAGAAUGGAGGGCAACUGCAACGUCCCUGUGUCCUGGGCUCCUUCUCCCAGUCUGUGGUUCUCUGGGGGUUCCUGCUCCCCCUGUCCGACAGCCCGAUGGCUUGACUAUUGCCUGGCAUUGCCCUGUCCUCCGAUGCUGGAAUCAAAGAUUGCCUUCCCAAGUAUUUUUGUUAAGAUGGCAAUAAAAAGAAAUUGAUCUCACACUUGGAACACA